AUGAGCGUUCCCGACCCUUCCAAACACUUCCCUCCGCUGGCGCCUGGCCCAACACCACGCAUAUACGCCGGACAGUCAUCGGUGGUCGCGAGUCGGUCCAAAAAGAACUCAACGGCUUGCUUGCCGUGCAAAGCUGCAAAGAGAAAAUGCUCCGGAGAUGGGACAUCUCCCUGCAACCCCUGCAGAACCGCCGGCACCGCAUGUGAAUGCCGGUUCGACCCAACCCGAGAUCUCAGGCGAAAGAUCGCCGUGAAGAAGACCAUCCAAGAGCUCACCGGCUAUAAAAGCCUAUUGAACACGUUGUUGACCACGAUCCGAUUGUCUCCGCAAGAAGAGGUGUCGAGGAUCGUCGAAUUAGUCAAGAACAAUGGGUCAAUGCAGGAGAUUGCGCAGGCUGUAGGCAGCCAUGCCACCUUCCCUGACUCCAGUCAGACAGCUCGGUUGCAUCAAGCUCACGGAGAGGAUUUGAACCAUGCCGACUCGUUGUCAAACGAGCGCUCCGCAUCGAUAUCUCACAGCACGACAGAACCAAUUGGAUCGUCAACCUCGCCGGAAGCAGAACCAAACAUUGAAUCCCCUCGGGCGGCACUUCAUCCAUAUGCUCGGGUGACUUUGGAAAGUCUCUGCGACAUUCCUCUUUUCAGGGUACCAGCAAGGCCAUGGACAGGAGUUACCGAUGACAGCGAUCUUGUGUCGCACUUGGUUUCGCUAUACUUCACCUGGGACCAUCCAUGCGCGCAAUUUGUCGAUCAAGGUAUCUUUUUGGACCAUAUGAGGCGGGGCGACCUUUCCUCUGAAUAUUGCUCGCCCCUCCUAGUGAAUACUCUUUUAUCAAUAGCAAGCGUGUAUUCUGACAGUCCUGAUGUUUUCUCGAAUCCAGAAAACGAAUUCUCUCGGGGACAAAGUUUCUUUGAGGAAGCGGAGCGAUUGUUGAAGCCCCAAGAGGGGCUUGCAACGUUGACAAACAUUCAGGCUCUCCUGAUGAUGCUGUCCCAACAGGGAAAGAGUAGUCGAGCCUGGUGGAUUUUGCGAGGGGCCGUUCAAAUGGCUCAGGACAUGGGCCUGUUCACGUUCCCAGAAGUGGCGCAUUCAUCCACAGAGGCGAUGUCACCCGAGAUGGAACGAGUUCGUGCGAUUACAGCUUGGGGCGUUUUCAGCUUAAAUCUCCAGCUCUCAAUGAAGCUCCACAAGGUAGCCAACUUGGCUCGACCUGUCUCAAGGUUGAAUAUGGGAGGUGAUGAUGAUUUUGAUUGGACUCCAUAUCCGCGAUCAAAUCAAAUCAAUUACACCACGAAAUCCGCGCUUCUCCCUCAAAUCAGACAAGGUCUUGGCGAGCUGACGGAUAUCUUGGUUGAUAUUCAAGAAAUAUUGCAUGAUAAGGCGUUGCGUGGGAGUUUUCAUAAGUCAAUGACCAAAGCUAAAGUUCCUUAUGAACGAUUGCAGCAGUGGCUGUCAAGGUGGCCCAGUCCGUCUCAAAUUGGACCAGAGCCAAUUCCUCAACUCCUGAUCCUGCGUAUCAAAUGCCUCCAAGCGGUUAUGGAUCUGCUCGAGACGCUGAUUAGUCGAGAUCAAGAAUGCACCAUGACGCCUCAAUUACGGCGAACCUGGCGUGAACAAGCUGAGAAGAUGGCUCAAUGUCUUCUCUUGUAUCGUCAAUCGUAUGGGUUGAAGCAAGUUCCCAGCCAAGUGGUUGACGCUGUUCAGUCGGUCCUACCCGUUCUGGUGCAUCAGCUGGAUGACUCUGACGACGUGAGGAAUGCUUUCACUGAGCUCUGCCGGUUCGGUAUUGCCCUCAGUCAGAAGUUCCAGCCUACAGCAGAUACUAUUCACGCCAUUCAGUUGCUGGCACAACGUGGUGUCGUGAAACUGCCUACUGAGGCCAUCGCGAUUCUGGAUGGGUCUGAACUGUGA